UAAUUUAAAACUUUAGAAAACGGUAACCUAAAAGGAAGAAUUUAGCGAGUUGCGAUCGAAUCGAAGAAGGGUUUGGCGUUUGGAUGGGUUCUUCGUGGAAGAGUGGUUCGAUGGGAUUGGAGAGGAUGAGCGUGGAGCAGCUGAAGGCGGUGAAAGAGCAAGCCGAUCUGGAAGUGAAUCUCCUCCAAGACAGUCUCAACAACAUCCGCACCGCCACCACGCGCCUCGAGAUCGCUUCCUCCGCCCUCCACGACCUCUCCCACCGCCCUCCCGGCAACCACAUCCUCGUCCCCCUCACCGCCUCCCUCUACGUCCCCGCCACUCUCCACGACUCUCAACACGUCCUCGUCGACGUCGGCACCGGUUACUUCAUCCAGAAAACCAUGCCUCAAGGGAAAGACUACUGCCACCGCAAAAUCAACUUGCUCAAAUCAAAUUUUGAUCAGCUUGUUGACGUUGCAUCCAAAAAGAAAAGUGUGGCAGAUGAAGCUGGGGUUAUUUUGCAGGCAAAAUUGAAGCAAUUAGCGUCUUCAUCCUAAAAGUAGUCGCUAUAGAAUUUAAUUGCUUCUUCCAAUGCAUUGUACCAUAGGAAAUCAUAAUCAGUGGUGUUAAGGUUAGUGAUGUUAUUGUAUUUGAACCUUUUAUUUAAAAACUCCCCUUUUGUUUGCACCUCUUAAAUUUGGUUUGGAACUAUUGGACGUGUAUUUAGAAAAUGCAGCCAAGCUAUGAAAAUUGAUAUUGAAGAGUAUUUAGGAAUUUAACAGUGUUUCAAUUACAUAUCUCUAUUUAGAGCA